AUGCCGGCCAGGACAUGGCUCGCCGACCUGCGCUCGAGGCUCGGCGUCGGCCCCAGGGACGACGUCGACGGGCUUGGCAUCCUGGCCUUCGAGGCAGCAGCCACCAUGUCGCGGCUCGUGUCGCUCCACCGGACGGUGUCCGACGUCGAGGUCAGGAGGCUCCGCGCCGACGUCUUGCGCGCCGAGGGCGUCGCGCGGCUAACGUCCACGGACCAGGCUCUCCUGCUCCGUCUCGCGUGCGGCGAGCUCCUGGCGGACCUCGACCGCGCCGCCGACAGCGUGGCGCGCUUCGGUGCGCGGUGCUGCGCCGGCGCCGGCGACGCGCCGCUCCUGCGGGACUUCGACCGGAUCUACGCCGACGCGAAGCGGGGCCGACUCGCGCAGCUGGACGCCACGGUCGGGUUCUCCAGGGGCGCUACGAAGCGGUUCAAGGAGAUGGAGCGGCAUGUGGUCGUGGCGGCGAAGCUGUACGCGGAGAUGGACGCGCUCAGCGAGCUGGAGGCGUCGGAGCGGCGGAUGGAGCAGUGGAAGCAGCACAGCGGGCCCAUCCCGGCGCAGUCGUCGGGGACGGGCAAGAGGUCAGCGGCCGAACCCGGAGAGAAGCUGAUGAGCAAGCUCAGGGCACAGCGGCAGAAGGUGCGACGGCUCAUGGAGGGAUCACUCUGGAACGUCGCCGCCGGCAAGGCGGCGAGGCUCAUGGCCAAGUCGGUCCUCGCCGUGCUCGCACGCAUCUCCCUUGCCUUUGGCGCGUCCGUUCCAGGCCUUCCACCUUGGACGGUAGGACGCGCGUGGGCGCUCGGUCAUCAUUCGUCCGGCCCGUUACACCGGUCGGCGACGCCCGCGGCGCUCCGGCACUCGGCUCCCAUCUUCGGCCAGAAAGACGCCACCUCUCCACUUUUGGAAUCGAUCAAGCCAUCAGUGAGCACGGUCAGCGGCUCGAGCAUGGAGCUGCGAUACGCGAACGUGAUCUUGGCUGCCGAGACGUUGCUCGCGGCGCUGAGGCCGCCGGCGGCAGGUGACAGCGAGGAAGUGCAGGAAGGGAUGAUCGACCUGUCGAAGAGAGACGCGCUGUACAAGAUGCUACCCGUCAGCAUCCGCGAGGCCAUGAACGCGAAGCUGAGAGAGAGCUGGAAUAAAGGGCAACCGGUGGACGAGCUGGCUGCGGCGGAAUCGAGGGAUGCGGUGGAGCGUCUGCUGCGGUGGUUGAGCCCGUUGGCGCACGACACUGUGCGGUGGAACGACGAGCGGAGUAUGGAGCGGGCGCAGCGGUUCAGCAUGCAGCCGCGCGCGCUGAUGGUGCAGACGCUGCACUUCGCCGACCGGCAGAAGACGGAUGCUGCUAUCGUUGAUGUCCUCAUCGACCUCAGCUGCAUAUGCUGGUACGACGAUGAGCGGCGGCGGCUGGAGUCUCAUGACUGGGACGACGAGUAG